CGCCAAGCAGGAGACCUGCAAGGAACGAGAAAAGAAGAGGAACGUCAGCCAAAAAGCUUUUGCUCACAAGGCAUACGUUCUUCGGUCGCAUCACUCUCUUUGUGCCAUCUUCGCCUGCAACCCUCUUUCGGCUUCUCUGUCCAUUGAGUGUUGGUCGCGUCCACCACAGCACUGCGCCGCUCUCCUCCACCCCCGAUCCCACAUGUCUCCCCCUUCCUCGGGAUGUGACACCGCGCCAGCCGACUUCGACUCCUAACCUUCACCGACGCUGUCAUCAUAGCCCGGACUCACCAUGUCCUUGAGCGGCCUCGACUCGCCAGCUGUGGAAGCAGCUGUGCAGUCUGUCUCUCACGGUCGAGGAGGAUGGUUCCUCAUCCAUUACACCUCACGAGACUCCGUCGAUGUGCUGUCGCAAGGCACAAAGGGCGUCGCCGAGCUGCGCGAGGCCGCCGAAAAGUACUACAAUCGCACGGACGCAGAUACUGAGGCGACCAGGGGUCCGCUGUAUGGCAUGAUCGAUUUUCGACGCCGCAAAGUGCUGCUGAAGCUCGUGCCAGACGAGACAUCUAGACUGGUCAAAGCGAGAGUGCAAGUGCACUGGGCGAGUGUCACCUCGCGCUUCCCCACCCACGACAGCGUCUUCGAGCUGACCUCCGCCUCCCAAUUGACCGAGACCAACAUCACCGCACACACGGAACUGCAUUCCGGGCGAUCUUCUGCAGGCUCGAACAAGAAGCCCGUGCUGGAUGGCAUAUCCGAAGAGGGCGCAGAGGAAAAGGUCUCGCCGCUUGUCUCGAGCAAGAACAGUCUCGCUGCUCGGACGGAUGAGGAUCACCAAGUGUCGCCACUGAGCAGUGCGGAGACGACCAUCGAUCACUCUCAGCGUAUAUCCGCCCUCAUCAGCAAAACUAAUGCCACCAACGCUGCGCUGCAAGAGUCCCUGAGCCAAACCUACAAGGACGCUUCAACCGUGCCUCUAGUUCCCGUCACCUCAAACUCGUCAGUCCUCGACUCGUCCAAUGCAUGGCAACAGGACAGGCGACCUUCCACCGACUCUCGCUCCAUGCAUGAGAUGAGCGAGCGGAGACUAUCAAGUCAAAGUGGACGACCCUCAACCGCUACUGAAUCUCUGUACGAUUUCGAGUCUUUGUUCAAACCAAAAGUCAAACUAGGACCGCGUCCUGCGACGGCAACUCGACCUGGGUCGAAAAGUUCGAAUUCUGCACCCCUGCCAUCGGGCUUGCGGUCUUCGAGACCCCCGAGUUUGCGUCCGAAAUCUCGCGAUUCUACGUAUUCCGCCUUCAAAGCGCCACCGCCUCCUCCAAUACCGGAAUCAUCAACCUUAGAUUUUUCGCCUCGGCCCAGGUCGUCUGGCCAGAGUGUCAAGUCCUUACCUGCAACCCUCCCCAAAUCACCGGGAAUGACCCGAGAGAAACAGCGGCUAAUGAAAUUUCGAGAAAUGUACAAAGAAAAAGAGAACAAGCGAGCCAAGGAUAAGGAGACGGCCAAAGAGGCUGCACCUCCUGAGCCAGAGGCAGAAAAGGUGGAUUCUCCGACCGCUGACGAGGACGAUGAGAUGCCAGAGCUGAGUGCUACCAUCUCGAACCCGCAAGCAGAGUUCCCGCAACGUUUGUCAGUCAUCUCCGAAGUGAGCACAAUGACAAAGUCCGUGCCAACGACCGCUGCCAACACGCCGACCGUUGGCAGAGACGACAUCGCAACUUUCGCUGAGAAGCCAACCAUGCCAACUUCUAUACGUGCUUCUACUUCAGACACAUCGGCUCUCGCACAAGAGGAAGCGGAUACUUUGCCAAAGGAACCAAUGGCUACUCCAAGAGUUGACGAGUUCGGCCCUUCAGGCGACUCGACUUCGACCAUGCCCACGUCUUCGCCCACGUCGCUGAUGGAUUCUUCGGAGCUGACGAAUUCGACACGGGCCACGAGCGUGUCAGACGAUGGAGACAACGACAAGUCUGUCCCAUCUGAAGGGGAUCUUCGACAAGUCGUCGUGGAGACGCCGAUCCAGGCCACUGCGGAAGAUGAUCAGGAUAGUGAGAGUUCAACGCCGACCGCUGCACCAGCGGUGAUGAAGAAAGACCAACUUGCCGACGACAAGGAGAAGAGACGUGCUGCGGUUUCUCCACUCGUCAUUCCCGCAGAAGAAGCGAACCCGAGCGAGACGGAUGGUGAGCACUCGUUUGACGAUGAUCUAAUGGACGAGCUGGAUGGUGCCGAAGUCCAGGAGGCAUUCAGCGUUUCCGUGAGCAAAAGUCCGAUUACUCCAUUCUUCCAGCGCAGACCGAGCAGCGCGCUUACCCCGAAUUCUCCGGCGUCUGUCAUCGUGAACGGCAAGGUGAACUCCUCUCCUCUGCCCUCCCCACUUCCAGUAGGCGUGGAACGAACGCAGGCUGCGCCAGCCGGCUCAUCGACUGUUUCAAGGACGACGAGCGGAAAUCUCCUUGGCAAAGAGGUUUCCACAACGGAAAGACACGUGGAGUCGAACCCGGAGGCUACAUCGACUGAGGAAGUCGCCAGUCCGGAAAUGGAUAUAAAGCGGGACCUGGAGCAUGGCCAGGAACAAAUUUCUGAAGUGGAAUUCACACGCGAGCCUUCAUGUUCAGAAGCCGACCCGCACGAAAAAGUCACCCCGCAAAAGCUGCCCCGAAGAAAGUCAAGCUUGACCGGCAAGUCUGCAGCUGAGAAGGUAGCUGCGAGAAAGUCUCGCAUCGCAUCUGCAGCAAAAGUUUUCAGCUCCCGUGAUAAGUCUCCCGCAGACGUGCCGAACGUGUCUUCGUCGCGUGUUUCAUCAACCGGAAUGCUCAACACACCAGGAGACGAUGCCCUGUCUGUUCAUAAGAGACGCAACUUAGGAACGGGUGUGGCAGCUAAGAUUGCCGAUCUUCAGCGCAAUUUCUCCAAGGGCUCAAGUACGUCGCCACCUCUUGCACAGCCCACAAGUAGAAAAUCAUCCAUGGUCUCCAUACGUGCGAGCUCGAUCCAGGACUCAGCUGAUGCCACACCGCCAAAGAGCGCACACUCUCAGUUCCGCGAUGAGCAUCUGUUCCGCGGCCGAGCCAUGAGCAAAGGCUCGAUGCGCAGUUUCGAAAGCAGAACCAGCACCCCGCCACGCAAUAAGUCAAGUAGUAGCAUUGGAAAACUUGACAGCAAGCGUUUCACAACGUUCAACAACCCCACGAUUGAAGUCAGUUCGAAGCCAGAUACCAUCCAGGUUAAGGCGACUAUUAUCCGAACCGAUACGGACCGCUCGCGCGAAACUAAUGGGCUCGGACUACAGAACGCGUCUGCGGAUGCAGAUCCGCCAAAGACCGCGUCGACAGUAGAGCCUCAUUACGCUCAUCCGCGAACUUCAGUCAUCGUUGAGGAACCACGGAGUCCCGCAAGAACCAGUACGGAGAGGCAGAGACAUCGCCGCGCCAGAUCAUCAAUCUCCUCAGCUCUUGGUCUGAUCGGCAUCAGAUCAUCUUCGCCGCAGAAAACGAAUGAACAUCCGGCGUCCCCUGUCCUUUCAGACGGCAGGAGAUCUUCUCGCACGUCACUCGACAUGUCUGGCAGCCUUCGCUCCCUCCGCAGGCGUGCCAGCGCCAGCUUGAGCCGUAGCCCUUCCGUAACUCGCGAGGCUCGCAGUCCGUCAAUCGGUCGCUAUUCUCCAAUGCCUGUUAGCCCAAUGACAAGCGGGUCGGCUCACUCCGCACCUCAUUUUGCGCGCACCAUGUCCACUUCGAGCCUGGAGUCCUCAGCGACAAUGGACCAUGAGAGUGAGCACAAGAGGAAAGGAAGCAGGACAAGUAGGAUGCUUAAGCGCAUGAGCAACAGUAUGAGCUCGAUAUUGCAUAGUAGCAACAAUGGCAAUGAAAGUGCGGCAUCUCAUUCAGCCUCGGUCGUACCGACCGUCGAGGAGGAGAAGUGGGUUGGCGCCGAUUUGGGAGAGAUGAACGUUCAGUUCCCCGAUACCUUACUUUGGAAACGCCGCUACCUUGAGGUCGAUACUCAAGGCUACCUUAUUCUCAAGCCUCAUGACACGCACAAAGCCAAGCAUGGCUCGCGUGCCGACAAGCUCGAUCGUCGAUAUCACCUCAGCCAAUUUUUUCCACCAUUCUCGCCUGACAUGGAGCGUAUGGAAAUGCCGUACAGUGUUGUCCUCGACUUCAGAGAUGAUGGCGGCACGCUUCAGGUUGCUGCCGAUUCUGGCAUUAGACAGAGCAAUGUUUUGAGAGUGUUAAGCGAGGCGCAUCGAGUGUGCAGCUACUAGCGUCAGCGUCCCAUUCUCCGAAGCGCAGAACGCGAUGCGCGUUAUUUUCCUUCAGCAGCGAUGGAGAAGCAUUUGAUUCAUCAUCCGAUCAAGUUUGCCCUUGAACGGCAGCGACGAUCGACGGAUUGGCCAGCUCGCCACCAUUUCAUUUGUUGUUUCUCGCAGAUUUUUGUUCACAUUCACACGCGUUUACAAUUAACUUCAUGAAUGAUUGCAGCAUUAGCGAUGGAAAUUUUCUCGAUCCAUUUUUUUGUAUUCUUGCUUUAUGGGAAAACGAGAGCUGAGCGUGUGUAGCUUUUGUUUGCUCAUAGGCAUAGUCGUACAUUCAUUUCGAUUUAUUUCCUUUCGAUGGACUAUGGCCAGCCAUUUUACCUAUUUGGCACUUGAUAUCGAUACCAUUAUUGCAAAAAGUUCCGCGGGCCGAGUGAGGGGCAUCCCGAUUCUGCGUUGCCUUGGUUUGUGACAGUUGGGAAACAAGGCUACUAGUAUAAUAUGAGGGACUAGACAAAGUAUGAUCUGACAUUAACUCAUUGCUCCUUUUCUUCAUUGCUUCGACCUUAUUAACUUCCUC